AUGGCAUUCCUCUACCCCAAAAUUCUGAUUGCAUUGGGCGUCUUAACCGUCGCCUGGGCGGUCUGGUGCCUGGCCACGUUGAUCGCCAACGUGUCUCGGGCUCGAGCGACGGGCCUCCAGUAUGUGAUUGUCCCUUGUUCCAUGCUCGGUGCCCCCUGGCUGUUGACCCAACCGGUGCUGCUCCCUCUUCUGAAAGCCCUGCCCGAAUUGUGGACGGAGAAAUGGCUUCCACUGCUUCUUUUUAACGACGGGUGGCACAAUGGCUAUGAACCUUUCCGACGGGCCGGAGCAGACACCUUUCUAGCCGUCUCGCCCGGCGACGUGAUCCUCUAUACCUGCGACGCCGCAGUGUCCUCGCAGCUCUUCCAUAAUGGUCGGCUUGGAAAACCCGCUCAUUUGAUGAGCCUAUUGAAUAUAUUUGGUCCGACCAUGACCGGUACUGAUGGGGCAGAGGCGCGGUUAUACCGUCGCACGGCGGCCCCCUUUUUCACCGAGGCCACAAUGCGGGACGUGUUUGUUGGUGCUGUCCAGGGAGGUGCUGAAUUAUCACGGGCGUUGAGACAGCCGGCGGCCCAUCGUCAGCUACGAGACUUGGCCGCCAAAUUUUCGCUUCAUUUGCUCAGUCGCUUUUGCAAUCAGGCGGAAACCCAAGAAGACUUGGUGAAUGCAUUGCAAUGCAAGGACAAGCCGCAAGGCACCCACUGCAUGACCUACAGUGAAGCUGUGUUCACCUUGCUGGCGAACUAUACGACCGUGUUUCUUUGUCCGCAAGCGCUUCUCCGAAUUUCGCCAUUCUCCACCCAUCGUCAAGUGGCUACAGCAUUUGCUGAAAUGCAUAGCUACAUGAACGAGAUGAAGGAAAAUAAGGUGGCAGAGCUCCAACAGAAGCCUCCUGCCCCAUCAAAGAACGCUUCAAGUAUCCUAGAGCUCCUCGUACAAGCUGGACUCCCAGCCGCGGACGGAAGUCCAGCUGUUCUUAGACAGGACCAGGUAAUGGGAAAUAUCUGGACCUUUGUGUUCGCUGGCCACGAAACAAAUGCCAACACCCUCACUUUCAUCAUGUUGCUUCUUGCCUGCCACCCCGUCACCCAACGCGCCAUGCAAGCCGACCUCGAUCGAAUCCUGCAGGACACACCGCCAGACCAGUGGACGUAUGACGCGCACUUCAAUCCAUUGAUGAACAGUCUCGUAGGGGCUGUGAUUAAUGAAGCGUUGCGUCUUUUCACCGUCGUGCCGGUGAUUCCAAAAUACGUACCCCCGACAGGACCUCCAGUCUCUAUCAUCAUUGAUGGCCAGGUUCAUCCCUUGCCACCGGACAUGGUCGCUUUCGUGAACACCAGUGCCACUCACCGCCAUCCCCAAUAUUGGCCACGUCGGGAAUCCAGUACAGACCCGAUGCCUUCUGAGAAUCGCACGAAGCGGCCAUUCCCAGUGGCUGACUUCGACCCCGAGCGGUGGAUUCAAAGGACAGAUGGUAACAAGAAUGAAUUUUUAAGCCCAAUCCCCGGUAGCUUUAUACCAUUCGCGGAGGGCAGUCGAGCAUGCCUGGGGUAUCGUUUUGCUCUAGUAGAACUGUGUGCCUCCGUAGCCAUCGUGUUCAAGUCGUCGUCGGUGAGGCUGCUAACCAGAGACGAAGAAGGUGACGGUGGCGAUUUUGGGGCUGCCGCAGAUACCUGGGAAGCAGCCAGAGAUCGGGCUGAGCUAGCUCUUUCCGACGGUGUUAAGUUUGAUAUGAGUUUGCGUGUCGUGCACAGCCUGCCCGUUCGGUUUGAGGCGCGUAAAUAG